AUGCCGAAAGGGGGCAGAUUGGUCUUCAAGGGCGGAGAAGUGGCUGUCUCCUCUCGAGGAAAAAAGAAAGAUAAGCUAAAACGGAAGAGGGAGCGAGCGCAGGCGAAGGCAGCCGCGGCGAGUACCGGCGAAGCCGCCGCAGCAGGCGGGGCUGCUGCUGGGGGACAGCAGGAUGAGGAGGAGGCGGAAGAAGAGAUGAGGCCGGUAUCGGGAACCGGUCGGAUCACAUCCUCCGGCACAGCGGUGCACGGACACGAAGCCAAGUUCAUGGACGAGCUGCACUCCGGCGACGCUAUUCUCAUCACACACCCCACCACGUUGCGCGAAGAAACCCGUAUCAUCAAGAUGGUUCUUAGUAACAUGUCGAUCUCCAUCAGCAGCCCUUUCAGCUCCGACCUCAUCUCCACGACAAACUUCCGCUACAUCAAGGCGCCGCGGCUGGAGGUCAGCGCCGAGACCAAGGCGGAGGAAAGAAAAAAACGGAAAGUCCAGGAGGAAGACAGCGCGUUCGGGACGUACGCGGGCGCGGGCGGCAAGCGCCUGGUGUAUCGGGAGCGAACGCCGGCGGGAAACUACCGCAUCAUCGAAACGACCGUGGAUGAAGCUAUGACUCGGGAGGAGAUGCUGGACAUGCGCGCUACCAAGAAGGCCGACAGACAUUGCAACUAGGGCGGGAUGAUGGCCGGGUCCGUGGCAGGAGGGCGUAGGGGUGU